AUUGCUUUUAGGGAAGUAGCUUUGGUAGAGAGACAACUUUGGGGCCCUGAAAACUGAAACACACAAAUGUAUUCCUAGCCUAUCUUUAAUUUUCAACUCACAUAAAUAAUAAUAGAAUAACAACUUUCUCUCUUCUAAAUCCCUAUUAUAUGCUAAGCACUUAACAUGCUUAAUCUCAUUUAAUCCUUGCAACACCACUCCAAAGAAGGUAUUAUUAACAAUACUCCCAUUUUACAGAUAAAAGAACUGAGGCUUGGAGAGGUGAAUUAACGGCCCAAGGCUUUACAUUUUCUUUUAGUGUUUUCUUGAAUCCUCUUUCUUUUUUGCCCUGUCCCCUUCUGUUUAGCCCAGGUCAUCAAUGCAUAUCCUGAUUUCUCAGCUGAAGACCACAAAUCCACAGACCUUUUCCUCUCUAGAAAACUUUUUUUUUUUCCCCAAAGUAAAUACAUCAGGGACCUGGGGGCAGGCUUUCCUGAGAGCACUUCCCCCUUCCUCCUCCUUUAACUUUUGCCCCUGGGGCCACAACCAACUUUCUCAUUUGGUAGCAGAAGCUUGUUGGUGCCUUUUCCUCCAACAUCAGAGGUCAGUAUCUGGGAUUACUCUCACCCCUUGAGAGAGCCAGCAGCCAGGAGGCAUUUUCUCUCCCCCUGGCUCCUUCCUCCCUAGUCCUAGGCCCUCUACUCUUCAAGCCCUUUAGCUCUCUUCAGCUCCCCUUUCUUGUUCUAUCUGCUCCCAAUCUUUCUUCCUUUCUCCUCCAACUUAUUCCCCUGGUCUCCAUCUCUACCUCCAUCACUGUAUCUUGACUAUCAUUGCUAAAAGCAAAUGCCAAAUUACUGUAUUUGAAAGAAGAGGUUUUUUAGGGCAGUGGUUCCAAGGUUCUUCUAUUUAUAUGAAACCCAUUAAUGGGUACUAUGCCUCACAAUUCCCUUAUCCUAAGUCUCUCUUGGGGAUUCAGGGCCCAUUUUGUUGUUUUAUACAGACAAGAUUGACCAGACUUAGGGUGGUCGGUGAGAGCGUGCUGAGGGCCGCCUGGACUGAAAGUCUGCCCUGUGGGGGGAGGUAAGGAGGAAGCUUCAGGUGCAAAUGACUCUUUCCAAGUUGGAAAGAAGUGCUGGGAGGACGCUGGGAGAACAGUGUCUCAACAACCCAUAGCUAUCUCCUAUCCGUUCAUCUGUCUCCUAGGUUGAAGCUCCUGACAAACUCCAGUCCACCAGCAUCUUGCUGCCCACAAAGGCUGGAGAUGGCAGUCUUCCCAAACUCCUGUCUCCCUGGGUGUCUGCUCGUCUUCAUUCUCCUCCAGGUGCCCGAGCUGGAUUCUGCUCCCUUUGACGUGAUUGGACCCCCGGGGCCCAUCCUGGCGGUGGUGGGUGAAGAUGCCGAGUUGCCCUGUCACCUCUCCCCCAACGUGAGCGCCGAGCGCAUGGAGUUGCGGUGGUUCCGAGAGAAGAUCUCUCCCGCGGUGUUCGUGCGCCGGGAAGGGCGAGAGCAGCCCGGAGAGCAGAUGGCCGAGUACCGGGGGAGAGUGACGCUGGUGGAGGACCGCAUCGCGGAGGGGCGCGUCGCUGUGAGGAUACAGGACGUCAAGGCCUCUGAUGAUGGGGAGUACCGAUGCUUUUUCAGGCAGGACGAAAACUACGAAGAGGCCACCGUGCCUCUGAAGGUGGCUGCUCUGGGCUCUGAUCCUCACAUCCACAUGGAAGUUCAAGAGAGUGGAGAGAUCUGGCUGGAGUGUACCUCAGUGGGAUGGUACCCAGAGCCCCGGGUACAGUGGCGAACUCCCGAGGGAGAGGAGUUUCCAUCCGUGUCAGAGUCCAGGAACCCUGAUGAAGAAGGUCUGUUCACCGUGGCAGCUUCAGUGAUCAUCAGGGACACCUCCAUGAAGAAUGUGUCCUGCUGUAUCCGGAACCUCAUUCUCGGCCAAAAGAAGGAAGUAGAGAUUUCUAUACCAGCUCCCUUCUUCCCAAGGCUGACUCCCUGGAUGGUGGCUGUGGCUGUGGUCUUGAUGGUCCUAGGACUUCUCACAAUUGGGUCCAUAUUUUUCACUUGGAGACUAUACAAGGAAAGAUCCAGACAGAAAAGGCAUGAAUUCAGCUCUAAAGAAAAACUCCUGGAAGAGCUCAAAUGGAAAAAGGCUACAUUGCAUGCAGUUGAUGUGACUCUGGAUCCAGACACCGCCCACCCCCACCUCUUUCUGUAUGAGGAUUCAAAAUCUGUCCGACUGGAAGAUUCACGUCAGAAACUGCCUGAGAAACCAGAGAGAUUUGACUCCUGGCCUUGUGUGUUGGGUCGUGAGGCCUUCACCUCGGGGAGACAUUACUGGGAGGUGGAGGUGGGAGACAGGACUGACUGGGCAAUCGGGGUGUGUAGGGAGAACGUGAUGAAGAAAGGAUUUGACCCCAUGACUCCCGAGAAUGGGUUCUGGGCUGUGGAGUUGUAUGGAAACGGGUACUGGGCUCUCACCCCCCUGCGGACCCCUCUCCCAUUGGCGGGACCCCCCCGCCGAGUUGGGAUCUUCCUGGACUGUGAGUCAGGAGACAUCUGCUUCUACAACAUGACUGAUGGAUCCCAUAUCUAUACUUUCUCUAAUGCCUCUUUCUCAGGCCCCCUCCGGCCCUUCUUCUGCCUGUGGUCCUGUGGUAAAAAGCCCCUGACCAUCUGCCCAAUCACUAAUGGGCUUGAGGGAGUCACAGUAGUUGCUGAUCCCAAGGACCUUUCUAAGGACAUCCCACUCUCGCCCACAGGGCAGGACUCUGCCUCUGGGGAUACAGACACCCUCCAUUCUAAACUGAUCCCUCCCCAGCCCAGCCAACGGGUACCUUAAGGAAUACCCCAGCUCAACCACUUCCCUUCGCUCUUACCCCCUUCUCUAUCACCCCCUGGGGCUUCAUCUGCCAGCUGUACCCAGCCCCUGUUUCUUCCUGUUGGGUAGGGAUUAAUUAAUCUUGAAAAGGUUGUGUUGCUGCUGAUAGAGUGUGGGGUGUAGGACCUUCCUAAUCUGUUUCCGUUUCUGUUUCAACAUUCAGGGGGCGGAGAGGGGACUCCAACCACUUCUCGCGUUCUCCUGGCCCUUGAGGCAAAGCCUAUAGGAAGGCACUUGAAGCUCAGGGAUCAAGAUGGGCUUAGGCUGGCCUAGGGUUGUGACAGAAACAUCUUGGUGUCCAGAAUAGGAAUAUGUACAGGAACAGGUUUUAGGCAAGCAGAAAACCCAAAGGAUCCUGGGAAGGGAAGAUCCGAGGCUGAAAUCCCAUAACGGAACUUGCGGGGGAAGUCAUGAUAGAAGAAAGUGAGGUGAACCCAGGCCAUUGAUGGACAUCUGGCCUGCCCCUAGAGUUUUAGGGCCUAUAUGUCAAAUUUUUUAAGUCAUAUCCCCUGGGGUGGAUCUGAGCAAUUGGCAAGGAGAGUAAAGAAGAGAUGAAAUGAGCAGGGCUAAGGGAUCAGACAGAACGUUUGAUAGAGGGGAGAAUUUUAGAUAAAAUUCAAAGGUUGUGUUCACAGCCAUGCCUCGGCCCUGUUCCCCUCUCUGCACCCGUGUUUCUCCCUUGCCUGGGGCUCAUCUCAACCUCACUUUGUUGACUCCACAAGUCUCAGGUUCUCUUCUUCUUUUUGAUCUAGAAUCUCUCCAUUUCAGAGGCAUUUCCAGGCAUCAUCGUUCAGUAAGAUCACCACUUUAUCAGCCAUUGUCUCAGCCUCAACCCAACAUUUGGUUUAGACCCUCCACCAUACCUUUAAUUAGCUUCGACCACCACCCACUUCCACACUGCACCACCAGUCGCUCCCUCCCCACCCAGCUUUCCUACACGCUGCUUCUCCUCAGGGUUCCCUGAAGGCUGCACCAUUGUGUCAGCACAGCUGGAUUGAUCGCAGUUGUCUGUAUUUGCAUUUUCCUAUAUAUGUGUGUCUUGUCUUCCCAAUAGACUGCAUAUUUACCCAGGCUCCAACCUUCCAUUUCCACUGGGUUUUCCAGUUUCCAGGAUAGAUGUCGCCCAUGGUCUUAACCUAAUAAAUAGGUCUGUCUGAUUGCUGAAAACAGCAUCUGCACCUUCCUUUCUUUAUCCCAACAAGUGGAACUGAAACAAAAACAGAGGAAAGAAACCUGCGUGGGAAUGCAGUGAGCCAAAGCAGUGUGGUUCUGUUUAUCCAAGACCCAUCCCCAGACCUGAUGGCAGUGGGCUCACCAGGGAAGGGGCUAUUGUCCCAGGACUGUCCAGCUAUUUACAAUAAGGCCACAGUGCCAAUGGCUACCCGCCCUUAGCCUCUGGAGGAAAUGUUUGGGAAAUUUUAGUGGUGGUGCCUCAUAAUUGGAAAAACAAACAAACUUGGGUGAUCUUUAAACCACCAUUCCAGAGGAAAGGCCCUUUGGAUUCCUAGUCUGAAGGCCCUGAUAGUUCAGUGAGAUGCCCACUUUUCCCUAUUUGCCCCAAGCAAGAAUCAGGAAUAGUCCCCCUCACAGAGGGUCUGACCUUAAUGCAAAUCAAGCAGUUUACAGGCUUCCCUGG